UUCAAGAUGGCGGCAACUUCGAGUAUUUUCGCCAAGUCAAUAUUUUCGUCCACUUGAUGGAUCUGCUGUAUUCUCUUCACGACACGCGCAUAGAUUGGCUUUUCUAUUGUAAUGGCUACGUUUUUCUUGUGAGAUGACAUCUGUAUCGGGGUGCCAUUGCUCAUGCGGUGUAACAGAAUCACCGUGAUCUUGUCUUUGGGUUUCCUUGUAGUGGUGUUGGUCUCCGUUAACGUUUUUUUAUUAACCCAGCUACAGUCUAAAGAACGGCUCAAUCGAAAAGAAACCUUUUUCAAGGAUCUUCUUGAGACAAAGGUGGACUUCAGACAACUUCCCACAGACUCUUCCGGCCAGUACAGAAUACAAGUGAACUUCUUACCUUCAGCAAUUCAGCCAGUGAAAGGCCAACAUGAUGUGACAUUAGUUACUCAUUGCACUUCCAACCAUCUUCAUUACCUCCUGGAUCUCACAAAACACUGGAAAGGGCCAAUAUCAUUAGCUGUGUUUGUGCCUGGUUAUGAUGUUGUUACAACCUACGCCACUCUUCUUGGCCUCAAUCAGUGUGACCAGAUGUUUAGGGAUCGCGUGACAGUGCAUUUGGUGUAUCCACUGUCACAUCCUCCUGCUGGAAAUGUACUUGAGCAUCAAUUGAAACAAGCACUGAGUCACCUAGAAGCUAACUGUAACGAGUUUAAAACAAGACUCAACAACAAUGACAUUGCAGGAGAACACAACUGGAAUUAUGCCAAUGUCAAAGUACCUUACCCAAACAACAUGUUAAGAAAUGUGGGACGCUCUGGUGUGCCCCAAACAAACUACAUAUUUGUUGUUGAUGUGGACAUGAUGUGUAAUGGAAACCUGUAUUCCAGCUUCCUUGGAUUAGCACAGGGUCUCAACCUCUUUGCAAACAGUAAUGAUAAAAAAGUAUUUGUUGUGCCUGCAUUUGAAACUGUGCAAAAGCUAUCACCUUCACUGUCAAAGAAAGAAUUACUUGACCUCUGGAACUCUGGUACUGUGCAGCCAUUUUACUAUCAAGCAUGUUGGAAGUGCCAAAAACAUUUAGACUACGAGGCAUGGAAAAGUUAUCAUUCCUCAGACAGUAGUAACUUACAGAUAGCUUACAGUAUAGACUGGCAGGAUCCCUGGGAGCCAUUUUACAUUGCACCUAAUCAUGUUCCUCUGUAUGACGAGAGAUUCAAACAGUAUGGUUUUAAUAGAAUCAGUCAAGUCUGUGAGACUCACAUUGCUGGCUAUGACUUUGCGGUCCUCAGCAAUGCUUUUCUUGUUCAUCAUGGUUUUAAAACAAAAGAAGGAUUCCAUUCUGCUAAGGAUGAAGAAAAUAACCGUAACCGAGGCAUUUUUAGGACUUUUAAAAAGGAACUGAAGUUGAAGUAUCCCCAGUCAACAAGACACUGCUGAGACUGCUGAGAGAAACAAAUAUUGCCAAACAAAAAUAUUAAAGCAUAGCUUGGCUUGUUAGUCUGCGUGAAAAGGUUAGCUACAGUGGAUCAAUGUCUAUGGUGAAAUUAAUAGCGAAGCAAUCUAGUAGUCCUUCUGAAGCAAAAUUAUGUGAAAGAUGUUAGACGCAGAAGAUUUGACAGGAGGGCUUAAUGUUGAAGUGGCCUAAUGAAACUCACUGUGAAAAAUGCAAUGGUUGGUGAGCAAGUGAGUAAAUAAAAUAUUUAUCACAUACACAACAACGCACUGCAGUAAAGAUACCUUACAUGCAAGAUCAUCACAUGACUGCAACUUAGGAAGUUACAAAGAAACACAGGCCUCACCCAGUCCCCAAUUGGCUUGAUGGAUUAGUUAGUGGAGCAUUGCACUGGUAUUGCAGUGGUCAUGGGUUCAAAUCCCAUUCAACUUGAAUAUAUUCACCAUUUACUGGUAUGGAAUACUUCCUCACAAACUGACCAGCUCCAUACCAUAGUUGGUAGAGCACUGCCUUGCUACUUUAGAGGUGACAGAUUAUGGGUUGGAAUCCAGUUUAAGCAUGAAUGUUUUUUGCAGCUUUACUUUUGCAACUUACUGGGUUGCAUUCACAACUGUACUGCAAUGAUCACUCAUGAAGUAUAACAAUGAUUGGUGUUUGACUAUCCAACAUGUACUUCAAACAACUUGUGUUGUCCAGAUAUUUAUAUUAUUAAACCUACAAAAUUCACUGUGAUUUGUUCUUUUAACGCAAUUUUCCCCUUUGACCAUCCUCCCAAAGAGCUUACAUCUGAUAAAUUAAAGGUAACAAAAUGUUUUAAAAGUCAUGUCAAGUUUAAUAUUAAUUUUAAAAGUUGUUAUCACAACAGUAAUGUGGAGUAUCUACAAUGCAUGUGACUUCCAGUACCUAAAUACAGAAGCAUCUAUGAGCGAUUAAGGACAGGGAAGUAUCUCUAUAAUUUAUUAUGUAUCUUACGAUAAUUGCAGUAUGGAGUGACGUAAAAUUGUGUCAUGUCACUCUGCACAUCACUAAUUUUUUGUCUUGUUUACUGAUGUGUUAAACUGUAGUUUUGACUGUGCCUUUGCCUUCUGUGAUUUCUCAGGGGGAUAACAUAAUUUCUGCACAUGUCUUGCAAUCACUGACAACCCUUUUAGCUGAAUAAGUCAACUAUAAGUCCUGGUAUUAUACACAGAAAGACUCUUGCCAUACUUCAUAAAUAAAAAUAUUAAAUAUA